AUGGAACGAAACGCAAAGAAGGUAGCCGUGAUAGGAAGUGGAGUCGCAGGUCUCGCAGCGGCAAAAUACCUCUUAGCGGAGAGGGACCCAACUUCAGAUGCAAGCAUCUUCGACGUCACAGUGUUCGAACGCCACUCAGAAAUUGCAGGAAUUUGGAACUUCACUUCGCCCACCGAAGACGAUUUUCAAACACCGAUGUAUCCAGGUCUCGAGACGAACGUACCCCGCACCAUGAUGACCUACAAAUACUGUCCAUAUCUAGAAGAUGUCUCCCUAUUUCCAACUCACGAUAAAAUCAAACAGUAUCUCGAGGAUCACUCGACAGACAUUGGCGAUUACAUCAAUUUGAAUUCGGAAACGACAUGA